AUGGCGUCGGCUCUGAACAAACGCCAGCAGGCGCGUAAUGAGCGCACCCUGCAGGAGCUCAUCAAGACGGUCCCCGGCAACGGGACAUGCGCAGACUGCGGCGCGCGGAAUCCAGGAUGGGCAAGCUGGAGUCUGGGCAUCUUCCUGUGCAUGCGCUGCGCAGCCCUGCAUCGCAAGCUGGGCACCCACAUCUCCAAGGUCAAGUCGUUGAGCAUGGACAAGUGGGAUAAUGCGCAAGUCGAUAACAUGAAGCGCAUCGGGAACAUCGAGUCCAACAAGACAUACAACCCUCGUAACGUCAAGCCGCAAAUACCCAUCGACAUCGACGAGGUAGACAGUGCCAUGGAACGGUACAUACGCGCCAAAUACGAGCAACGGAUAUACCUGAACGAUUCGAGACCGGGUACACGACAGAACACGGGCAGCACCAGCUCAGAAGACCGCCCGCCGCCACUACCGCCAAAGCCGACUCGCUUUGGAUUUGGCCUGCGCAAAGCCGCGACCUCGCCGCGCAACAUAACGCCUCCUAUAUCUCCGGGCCUUGACGAGUUUCGUCAAGACAUCUCACCGCCCCGCGUGAACAAGGCCUCGAGGGUGUUUGGCUCCAACGUAUAUACAUCAGGCGACGGCAUGGACCAGAAGCUACAGACACUCCGAGAUAUGGGCUUUCCAGACGACAAGCGUAACGCUACAGUAUUGAAGGGACUCAACGGAAAUCUGGACCGAGCAGUCGAGGCCUUGAUCCGCCUGGGUGAGCAGAAUCCUGUCAAAUCAAGAGGAAGUACACCAACUCCGCCCGCCAAGUCUGAGGCCAACGGCAUUUCUUUCACCGCGCCCAGCACCGCACCUGCCGGCUCAUCGUCUACGAAUCCCUUUGAUGCUUUGGACGCACAGGCGCAUUCCCAGCAGCAGCAGCAGCAACAGCAACAGUUUCAGCCUACCUCGUUUCAACCCCAGCAGACGCCUUAUGGAGGAGGCCAAGCACAGCAGCCAUAUCUCUCGAAUUCCUACAAUCCAUUCUUAUCGCAAACACCCCAGGGU